UUAAAUUCCCUGUUUACCAUGACUCAUUUGAGAAGAGGUUGGCAUUCUUUGCCAUUUUCGCAGAGGAUUAUAUUUUUCAUCUGUGUCUCAUAUGGCAAUGAAACUGGCAACAAAUCAUGAAAUAGGGAAGUGAAACAGAUGUACUUCUUCAAUUCACAUGCUACUUAUGUCUCAGAGCCUUGCUGUGGAAAGUCUGUUGUAUAGUAAAGUUAAAGAAUGUAGAUUUAAGGAGGCUGUUUUAAAUUGUAUUGACCUGAUGACAAAUAAGACAGGCAGUCAUUUUACAAGUAGCUCAUUUUAAACAGCCAGAAGGUCAACUGUUUUCGAGACUGUAAUUCAAGGAUCAUAAGGAAUCAAUACAACACAUGUACGCACAAUGACCGUCACGUGUUGGAUACACUUGCUGCUGUUCUCUCUGUGUUGCUAUUAUGAGAUCCAGUCUGCUGCGGGUAAACCUACAUGGAUGCUGCCACAGUUCCCUUGUGAUGUGGCAGCCAACAAUGCCUCUGAGGUCCUAUUUGACUGUAGAGGGCGUCGUCUGAAUAAAGUACCCUAUGGGAUAACUAGCAAUGCAACUGAGCUCAAUCUAUCAGAAAACUUCAUCAAAAAUAUUUCAGUUAAUGCAUUUUCUAAUCUACUGAAUCUGACUAAGCUCAACCUCAGCUGGGCAAACAAGAACAAAGGACUGAUCAUUGAUGCAAAUGCUUUCAAAAAUCUGACAAAACUGCAAGAACUGAGACUGACUGGCAAUUCUCUGAAAGACAUUCCCCACAAUCUCCCUCUCAGUGUGGAAAUCCUUGAUCUAAACAAUAACAAAAUUAAGUCACUGCAUAACGGGAGCUUUGCUGGCUUAUUGAACGUGACACAUCUCUGGUUAUCGAAAAACUGCUACAGCUGGAAUCCUUGUGAAACAUCUGUUACGAUUAUGGAUGACAGUUUUGCGGUUAUGACCAAACUGCUGACUCUAGGCCUGUCUUUUAACAACUUAACUCAAGUUCCCAAAGGAUUACCCCAAUCAUUACGCAGAUUAGAGCUGGCUUCUAACAAAAUACAGUACAUAUCAGAAGAUGAUUUCUACGGGGUACAAAAUUUAAAAAUCCUAAAACUACAAGGGAACUGUCCAAGGUGUCAAAAUGCUCCAUAUCCCUGUGUCACAUGUCAAAACAUUUCUCUUGGCAUCCAUCCUAAAGCAUUUCAUGGUUUGACACAGCUUGAGGAACUAAACCUGGGAGGAAACUCACUGAACCAUAUGAAUCCCUCCUGGUUUGAGAGGCUGAAUGAGCUUAAGCAACUGUUCUUGGGGUUUAAUUUCUUGCUAAAACCAAUUACUGAGGAUGCAAAAUUUCUAACAUAUCUCCCCAAAGUUGAAAGAAUUGAUCUCUCAUUCAACUUUGCUCUCAAGUAUUAUCCCACGACAUUAAAUCUUUCAGAAGACUUUUCAAAGCUUGUGUCCCUUAGGACUUUGCAUUUGGAGGGUUUGGUCUUUCAGAAUAUUGGACCAGGUACACUCAGACCUCUGUACCACCUCAAAAAUCUGUCUGCACUGAACCUGGGUACCAACUUUAUUAUUCACUCUGAUCCCACCAUAUUCAGAAAACUGUCCCACUUGAAAAUGAUAUAUCUCGCAGAAAACAGGCUAUAUCCCAUUCCAGUGAAAAACCCACCACCUCCAAGUAACAGAUACAAUCAGAGGCCAGACCUUUCUGUUUCACCCCCCAUAAAACCCCAUCCAAAAGAUUUCUCUUAUGAGCUAUCACACAGCCUUAUUAAACAUGAAUGCUUUAACUCUGGACGGGUGCUAAUCCUCAGCUCAAAUAAUCUGUUCUUCAUCUCUCCGAAUCAGUUUGAAGGUUAUGAAAAUAUUGCAUGUCUCAACCUCUCGAGAAAUGGAUUUUCAGCAGCACUUAAUGGGACAGAGUUCUCCUUGCUGCCUAAUCUGACGUACCUCGACCUGUCAUUCAAUAAGAUUGAUCUGGCCUAUGACUAUGCCUUUGGAGAACUAAAGAAACUACAAGUACUAGAUCUCAGUCACAAUGCUCACUACUUCCAAGUAUUUGGGAUAACGCAUAAUUUAAACUUUCUAAAAAAUCUCCCUGUCCUGCGAGUGCUGAAUAUGAGUUAUAACUCCAUUUACACACUAACGACAAAACAGAUGUACAGCAAAUCAUUAACAGAACUUAGGUUUACACAUAAUUAUCUAGGAACUCUUUGGAAAGAAAGGGAUGGCUCAUAUAAGAUGCUUUUUACUGAUCUCACAAAUUUGACGAUUUUAGAUAUAUCCUACAACAACAUUGCAAAGAUUCCAGAGAAUGUUUAUGAAAAUUUGCCACGUAACCUUACCUUACUAUGCAUAAGUCACAACUCACUUAGUGAUUUUAAAUGGGAGAAUUUGAGGUUUUUCUCUCAACUUCAAAUUUUAGACCUGAGCUUCAAUUCUCUGACUAAUGUGGCAGGUAUAAACUCGAACCUCACCCACACUUUGACUUUCCUUGACCUAAGUCAUAAUAAUAUUUUCCACUUGGACAAUGGAUUUCUAAAUGGUGCAAAAAGCCUUCACACUCUUAGCCUUAGCCACAACAAACUGCCUACCAUCAAUCAAUCCACCUUCCAACCGAAACCUGAGAAUCAGAUUAAGACUUUAUACUUGCAGGAAAACCCGUUCCAGUGUACCUGUGACUCAUUGGAUUUCAUUCUGUGGAUUGAAAACAGCGAUGUAAAGAUUCCUAGACUCACCACUGAGGUGACAUGUGAUAUGCCAGCAAACGAGAGGGGUCGAGCUCUGGUGUACUUUGACAUUAACCAGUGUGUAAAUGACAGCGAGGCAUUCUUGGUCUACAUUCUCACAAAUUCCUUCAUUAUUGUUUUUAUGUUAGUGACAACAGUUGCUCACUUAUUUUACUGGGACGCUUCUUAUGUCUUGCACUAUAUGAAAGCUAAGCUGAAGGGAUACAAAUCCUUGAACUCACCAGAGAGUGUUUAUGAUGUCUUUGUGACCUAUGACACCAGAGAUCCGCAUGUCUCUGAGUGGGUGAUGACCAAUUUGCGAGUGAAACUGGAAGAGGAAGGAGAGAAGCAUCUUCCUCUGUGUCUGGAGGAGAGGGAUUGGCCGCUUGGCGUACCGCUGGUGGAUAAUCUCACUCAGAGCAUCCGAUACAGUCGCAAGACCCUGUUUGUCUUGACAGAGGGCUACGUGAAGACCGGAGUUUUCAAGCUGGCAAUGUAUCUGGCUCACCAACGGCUGCUGGAUGAAAAUGUGGAUGUGAUCGUGUUGCUGAUGCUGGAGCCCGUGCUGCAGAACUCUCACUUCCUGCGCCUGAGGAGGAGGCUGUGCGGGGAAAGUGUUGUGGAGUGGCCGAGAACAGCUGCUGCAGAGCCCUGGUUUUGGCAGAACCUCAGGAAUGUGGUCAGAGUAGACAAUCAAGUGAUGUACAACAAGAAUUAUUCAAAGUACUUCACCAGCAACUGAAGCAGUGUUCAGGCUAAAGACCAGGCUGUCUGGGUAUAAUUUAUGACUUUACUACAUGGACAAUAAUAUCUGGAGCCUGGUUUUGAAGUUACUAUUCUAUAUCAACACUGAUGUGGUCACAACUUUUAUCACUCUGUUUGAAGGUUGAAAGAAGAGAAAGAAAGACAUUGUUUCAUAGUUGUUUGAUGAUACAGUUACAGUGAUGCUGAAUGUGAAUUGCAUGCACAUAUUAUGGUUUAUGAAUAAACCAGUCCAUUGAAAA